AAGUAGAUAAAGAAUUGAAUUUGUUUACAAUAGCAUUCCACAAAAUUUUAAAUAAAUAUCGACAUGUUUAAAUUAUUACCAAGCAAAACAUUUGACAAAAGUGUAAAUGCAAAAUGUGGUGAAAUUUUUUGUCACAGUUCAACGGAAUUUACCAUUAUUUGUACACUGUGCGAACUCAAAGCAUUCGACUACCAGGAUUUCUUGCUUCACUGCAAGAAUGAACACCUCGAAAAGGACUUAUUGAAAACAGAAGCAAUAUUUGUUGAAGUAGCACCAUACCUGGCGUCAAAUGUGAAGGAUGAACAAAUUUUUGAGGAUACUACUGCUGAAGCUGAAUUUCUAGAUGAGCGUGACUUUAUCAUUUCGGAUGAGAAAAAGGAAAAGUCAGAGUUACGUAUAAGUCAAUGGAGUGAGAAUAAGUCGUUAUCUGAUGAUUCAGACAGUGAUACUGAAAAUAAUUUUGAAUCUAAUGUUGAUGACAACGAUUAUGUACCACCUGUGCAUCAACGAAAGCGAAACAAAAAGCGUGAAAAUCAAACAGAGUCAUACAAAUGUGAAGUAUGUUCCCGUAUCUACAAAAGCUCCAAUUAUCUGCGUUCACAUUUGGCAAAAAUUCAUAAUUUUAAAAGUAAGAAAAUAGCGACUAUUCAACUUCAAAAAUGUGAUGAAUGCACAGAAAAAUUUAAAACAUUACGAAGUUUAGAGAAGCAUUGCCUUUCGGAACAUGGUGGUAUAAAAUGUAUGCAUUGUGAUAAACGAUGUACAUCGCGAACAAAUCAGUUACGACAUAUGGAAACUCAUACACAUGGAACGGACCGACGGUUCGUCUGCGAUUAUGAGAACUGUAAGAAAAGUUUCUUUACACGCCGUCAGUACCAAGCUCACAAACGCACUCAUACAAAAGGAAAGAAUUUCAUAUGUGACAUAUGUGGCUACUCGUGUCGAAUACCGGAAAUGCUUAAAGUGCAUUAUCGUUCACAUACAGGUGAGAAACCGUAUGCUUGUGAUGAAUGCGGCAAAUGUUUUGUAUCUAAAUCGGCAGUUAGGGAGCAUAAAGCAUCACAUGGCACAGAGCGACCACAUGAAUGUAAAGUAUGUGGACGCUCAUUUGCAAGAGCAAAAUCGCUAUACCAUCAUAAUUUUUUGCAUCUCGCAGAAAAGAAGUUUAAAUGCAAAUUAUGUGGACAAGCAUAUGCGCAACUUGCGGGUUUAGCUGGUCAUAUGAGGCGACACCGAGAGCAGGGCCAUUGCUGAUACAUUUUUGACACAGCUGCAUGUUUAAAAGAUCCUAAGUUGUUAUUUGAUCAUUCAAACGGUUACUAAUUUUUAUUUAUUGUAUAUAAAUAGGGUAUUAUUACUAUUAAGAAUGUUUUGUUAAUUGACAGCUAUAAUAUGA